UAAAAGCCGCUCGAAGAACUUCGAUUGAGAACGUUCAUUAAUUAACAUACUUCUUCCGAAUGACGCAAAACAAUUUAAGAGAAGCGUAGCUACUCGCGUUCCUCGCGCACAGCAAGGCGGAGAGUUUCUAAACUUACUUCAUGUUACAAAGAAGUUCAACUAAAAAGGUCACUAAAAACUGUCUUUAGCGCCGCCUGGAGCACAAGUCCGAAAUAAACGCGACGUUUAAAACCAAUCGAACCAAUUGCACUUUAAAUAUUCAAAUUAAAGUGGCAAAGUCGCGAACACAAACUAUUAAGAUGAUCGCGGUAUGAUUUGUGUAAUUGAAGAUUUAUUAUUAGUGAGGAAAACAAAAGGAAAACGGAAAGUGUCACUGGAGAGAAUCAUUUAUUCUAUCGAAAAAAAACAAAUCCGUUGUUUUGAACAAAAAGGUGGAAUCAUGAGUCAAGAUAAAAAUCGUGUCAAACUGAGUGAAGUAAGUGACAAGUUCACAGACGAAACACUGACGGACAUCCUCUGCAAAGCAAACAAUGGGAUUAAAGUACAGCUCACAGAUUGGAGUUUUGGCGAUGGGUUUACCAAAGGUGACAAUUACUUGUCGACUGUUAACAAAGGCACAAUAUACGGUGUCGUGGACGGUGAUCCGAAGCAAAAUGUGCAAGUGAAUUUUGUCGUCAAGUCCAUCCCGAAAAACGUCGGAAGAAGAAAAACUUUCAAAAGUGCGGAAUUCUUCCGCCAUGAAAUUGCGUUUUAUACGCAAGUGGUUCCUAAAUUUGAGAAGUUUUUGGCUGAAAAAGGACAAAGCGAUUUGCUGCGCAUACCACGUCAUCUGCUUUCUUACAUGGAUGGCGAGAACGAUUUCAUCGUCUUGGAAGAUGUCUCUCCUUUGGGAUACGGACCAGCAUCUCGCCAGAACUGUAUAGACUUUGCGGAGUGCACUACGAUUCUGAAAACAUUGGCAAACUUUCAUUCAAUUUCAUUUGCAUAUAGAGAUCAGAAGGAAGAAGAGUUUCAACAGAUGGCAGAUUGUAUGGAAGAAAUCUAUAUUUUUCCUAGUAACUGGAGCUGGCAUGAAAAGUUGUAUACAAAUUUAGUCAACAUAGCUAAAAACGCACUAGCAACCGAAUAUCCUAAGAGUGAAGCUGACAAACGAUUCAAUACCUACGAACCUCGCGCGAUAUUUGACAUAAUGUGUAAAUUGUGUCAGAAAAAAGAAGCUCCCACAUCUGUGAUAUUGGCAGGCGAUUGUUGGGCUCCAAACUUUUUGAUCCGAGACAUCGGACAGGGCAAAAAAGAAGCGUUGAUGCUCGACUUUCAGCUCUCGCGUUGUUCAAGUCCUAUGUUGGACCUGUCCUUCUUGAUUUACUCGUGCACCUCCAAACCAUUUCGUGAUCAGUAUUACGACGAUGUAUUGAAAAUCUAUCACACUGAAUUAAGCAGUGCCAUUAAAUCCCUUGGAUCGGAUCCGGAGAAAAUUUAUCCUUGGGACUUAUUUAUGAAAGAGGUGAAAGAUCAUUUUGUUUUCGGAUUGGGAUUCUCGCUCGGGACCGUUUCCUUUUGUCUAUUGGAUCCGUCCGAGUCGUUCGAUCUAGAUCUUAUUAAAGGCGAAGAAGCGGUAAAUAUCGCUGACGUGUGGGUAUUACACAAUAUCAAAACAUCAAGUGGAAGACAGAGACUAGCAGAUAUAAUAGUCCAUGGUGUCGAAAAUGGAUACUUGUAACGAUAUAUGUUAAUUUCUGA